UGUUAAUCCGAACUCUGCCUGUUAGCUUGUGGAGCCGCUGAGCUAACCGAUAUUCCUGAAUACACAGUAGUUAUUCUAACUACAAUAUCAGGACGCCGUGUUUAAACUACGUCCCAGAUUGUGACCUCAGUGCUGGAGCCAGUGAACUGUUGGCAAAGGGAGCAUGUCUGGGGACCUGGUUGGGGUUUGGGACGUAGCCUUAAGUGAUGGAGUCCACAGGAUUGAAUUCGAACAUGGCACAACUACUGGAAAGCGAGUUAUCUGUGUUGAUGGCAAGGAGGUCCUGAGGAGAGACUGGAUGUUUAAACUGGUGGGAAAAGAGACAUUUCAUGUAGGAAACACGGACACGAAAGCGACUAUCAACAUUGAUGCUGUGAGCGGCUUUGCCUACGAAUACACUUUGGAAAUCAACGGCCAGAGCCUGAGAAAAUACAUGGAGAACCGAUCCAAGGUGACGAGCACCUGGCUGCUCAACCUAGAUGGCGUAGACUGCAGAGUAGUCCUGGAGAAAGAUACCAUGGACAUUUGGUGCAACGGGCAGAAAAUGGAGACGGCUGGGGAGUUUGUGGACGAUGGCACAGAGACACACUUCACUCUGGGUGACCACGACUGCUGCAUUAAGGCAGUGAGCAGCGGAAGGAGAAGAGACGGUAUCAUCCACACGCUCCUGGUGGACGGAAACGAGAUGGUCGAGGCCAACGAAUGAGCAUUUCUGGAUCCCGAAAUCUGUGAUAGUGGAAGUUGCCAUAGUAACCCUUAAAUUCCCCUCCCUGCAGCAAUGGCUGUCACAUCGUCUCAGGCUGUGUGUUUAGAUUUUAAAGCAAUAGAGUUGUUACAUUCCAUUAAUACUCUGUAUCUUAUCUUUAAGUCUCUCAAUUCCUGGCAUUAACAUACAGACUUAUGGAAAUAGACACACACAAGCUCCGGCAGGUGUGUGUACGCACAGGUAGCGGUGGAAGAAGCAGUGGUUCUCAGCCUGUUAGGUAAACUGGGCCAGAAUUAAAAAGUUCAGCAGGCCACACUAAUUAUACACUGAUCAGCCAUAACUUAAAACCACCUCCUUGUUUCUACACUUACUGUCCAUUUUAUCA